AUGUAUUUGGCCAAGACCCUUGCUAUUGUGGCCUCACUGGCCGUCUUUGGUGUUGCGGCCAAGGAUGGGCGAGUUUCGUGCGAAAAACGUCAAUGGGAAGCCGCCUGUGGCAAUCAGAACGAUGCUCCCGGUCCAGACGGUUCCAUCUGGGAUUGCCUGGAGAAGGAGGACGGCAAAUUCUUCUGGGAGCUCAGAGAAGACUGCGGUGGACCAAAAUGCUGCACUGUGGCGGCCCCGUACGGUCCCGAGUGCGAUUGCUAG